AUGAUCGACGUUUUGAAAGUAAAUGAUACCUGCCUUGUUUACUGUCAAAAUUACAGGUACCAAUGGGAAAAAGAUACAUGCAGCAACGAUGCGUUGAAAGCCAACAAGGACUGCCUUUUUACACUAGAGAAAAGAGAUAACCAUGGGACGAAAACAACUUGCAGGAACGAUGCGUUAAAAGCAAACGAUAACUGCCUUUUUACACUGGAGAAAAGAGAUAACCUUCGGCCGAAUAAACGAAACAAAAACUGCCUUGUUUACACUCGAGAAUACAGAUGCCAGUGGGAUGAAAAUACAUGCAGGAACGCCGUGUUGAAAAUAUGCCAGUGGGAUGAAAAUACGUGUAGGAACGAUGCGUUGAAAGCAAACGAGGACAGUCUUUUUAAACUGGAGAAAAGAGAUAACCGAGGGACGAAUAAACGUGCAGCAACCCUUGGUAUAAAGCAUAUGAAAGGAAACGAGGACUGCCUUCUUUACACUCGAGAAUACAGAUGCCAGUGGGAUGAAAAUACGUGUAGGAACGCCGUGUUGAAAAUUUGCCAUUGGGAAGAAGAUACAUGCAGCAACGAUGCGUUGAAAGGAAAAAAGGACUGCCUUGUUUACACUCGAGAAUACAGAUGCCACUGGGAUGAAAAUAGGUGUAGGAACGAUGCGUUGAAAGCAAACGAGGACUGUCUUUUGUAAUAUUAAAUGAUGAACGCAACGCUAGAUUUUUUGUUCACAUAAAAUAUCAACUUUAUUGAAAAUACCUAUUCAAUGUAAUGUUUAUCAAAAUGACAGUAUUUUCUUUUUAACAUACAUUAUAUCACUUAUUUUGAUUUAACAUUUAAAAUACGUGUAACAAGGAAAACAAUUUAUGCAAUGGUGGUUGAAUCGACUCACGGUUUCCCUUUUUUGAUAUUGAUAUUGACUGUCAGGUAAUAUGAUGCUGAUUGAUAAUUUGACGGCUACUUGGACUGGUACUGCUUCGGCUCGUAGACAGCAUGCAACAAAUAGUCGAGUAGGUACACACUGUCGUGCAUG